AUGACGUCGGUCUCCUUUCCUCCAAGCAGACCCGACAGAACUUCAUCGCCGCUCGGAGCAUCAUCAUCAGGAGGCUUUGGAGGAAAGCCUUCUGAGCAUCAUUACGGUUCCGGCCUCGAUGGGGCUGGCGCCGGCGGUGGGAAGCGGUCGAAACGCAACCACAAGACUCAACCUGUCGAAAUGACGACCCUCUCAACGAAGCGAAAGGGCGUCAAUCCCUUCGGCGACGGCGCGAGCUCAGACGACAAUCGCAGGCGAAAAAACACAAAGACGAGCACACCCGGCGAUUGGAAGAAGAAGACCGCGCAGGCGGCAGGCGCGAGGUCGAAUGGCGCGACGAGAGGCGCGAAAGGCUUUGGCGCGGACUCUACCGACUACGAGACCGACGAUGCGAACGGCGGCACUGGCGGCGAUGGCACACCGUACUCGGAGCGGAUCUUUGCUCAGCUGAAGAAGGAUGGAAUCGCGCCGCCAAAAUGGCCUGCCGAUCCGGGAAACACGAAGCAAAAGGCCGCGAUGGCUAAGUUUAGGGAAGACUACAAGACCUACCGCGAUCGUGCUAGGACAUCGUUGAUGCGCGCGGGCUUGAUUGACGAUCCCGACAAACCCAAGCGAUUAGAAGACGCGAUCGACUUCAAAGGCAUUUGCGACGCCAUGUGUCCCGACUUCGAGAAAAUCACGCGCAUUACCGAGUUCGACGUACAAUUUCCCGAGAAGAACUCAGCCACGACGUUUGCUGUCACUUCAAAGAUGGUGAAAAAGCUUGCUCGAUCCGCGGCUGGACAGGAAGCUCCACUACCGAUGGACGUCAGAUCUACGGCGGCAUUGAGGAAAACCUUGGACUACUUGAUCGACGACCUACUACAAACAGACGACAACCUUCCUGUGUUGCAUGGUUUUCUAUGGGACAGGACGCGUGCCAUUCGGCGCGACUUCAUCUUCCACUCCACAAUGGCUCCGGCAGAAAUGAAGGACCAAGUUUACUGCCUCGAGACGAUUGCCAGAUUCCACGUCACAUCGCUUCACUUGCUCUCUCAGGAAGGCUUCAGGCCUGAAGACUUUUCAGAACAACAGGAAAUCGAACAACUGGGCAAGGCUUUGCUCUCGUUGAUGUUCGCAUACGACGACUGCAAACCGCACGGCGUGAUUUGCGAAAACGAACCCGAGUUCAGGGCCUAUCACUUGCUUUUCAGCGCGAACAAGCCAAACAUCCUGGAUGACGUUCAGAAGGAAUGGGGUGACUCGCGGUUUUGGGCAGAUUCGGACGAGAUCAGGACAGCUGUGUCUCUUGUGGAAAGCUUGCAGAGUUCUGCAGAUUUCCACGGGCCUCUUGGCUCUGCACCGUCUAUGGCAGUAUCGGCUGCGCACCGGACCUAUUUCAAGAUUGUCGAAAGCCGCCAAGUAUCCUACACGAUGGCAUGUUUCGCAGAAAUUCAUCUUGGCCAAUUACGCCGUUCGGCACUUCGAUCUUUGAAGAAGGCAUAUACCCGACCUAGGCACGGAGCGAAAGACAUCACGCCUUCAGCACUUAAUCGAUUCCUCAACUUUGACACGGAGGCCCAGGCUGUCGAGUUUGCCGAGCAACACGGGUUGACCUUUGUGGAUGGGGAAUCACCUUCUGGCGAGCUGGUCCAGUACCUAGACACCUCGAGCCGCCUGACCUGGCCAAGAAUCCAGCACAGCUUUUCCCGGAACCUGGUAGAACGGAAGCGAGGAUCACGCAGCCUUCCGGAAGUCAUACACAGCACUAUACCAGACGAAUCAUCGCCUGCAGAACAAACACCUUUUGCCUCGAACAACAAUGGUCUGUUUGUCAGCGAUGCAUCUAAACCUGCUCCGAAACCCGUUCAGCCCGUGGCCAACGGUAACGGGGUGUUCAAGUCUCCCUUUUCAGCUACGCCAGGAGCCACCCCGACCAAUCCAGCAGGAGCGUCACCAUUCGACAAAGCAACAAACGGCUUCCAAGGGAAUGACGCGCCAUCAAACCCCUUUAACCCAUUCUCUGCGCAGAACCCACCAGCGCCAUCAAUAGAAGCGCCUGCUCCGAAUCCUUUCGCAGCGAAGUCGAGUCCGUUUGCCCAACCCAGUCCAGCUCCUGGAACUUCUCCCUUCGGCGGCAGUCCGUUCGCGCCACCAGCGCAACCGAAUGGAGCCUCCAAACCUUCUGCACCCGCUUUCCCUUCGUUUGCGUCUCCUGGAUUUGGGCCAAGCGCUCAGCAAAAGACGCAGGAAGCCGGCCAGACCGCCUUACCGAAGCCAACGGCACCAUCGACAGAUACUUCUUCGCCAGCAAUUACUGUGACGCCACCGACACCACAAUUUCCUCUGGGAGGUGCGUCCGGUGGCUCAAAGCCUCCGAGCCCUUUCGCUGGAGCCGCAGCUGGAGCACCAUCUGCAGCAUCUCCCUUCUCUGGCAUCUCAUUCCAACCGCCUACGAACACAACGGAAUCGACACAACCCCCUUUGCCUACUCAAAGCGCGCCAGCUCCUGCACAGCCUCCGAUUGAGCAGCCGAAGCCAACCCCCGCGCAAAGCCCGUUCAGCGGCCUCACAUCUGCAACACCACAGCUACCCAAACUACCCUCUCCCGCGCCGCCAUCAGGUCAGUCUCCAUUGCCGACGUUCAACUUCCAGCCAAGCGAUACGCCACCCACUCCUAAACAAGUACCGGCACCUCAAGCAAGUUCUUUCCCAGCGGUCCCUGCUACGACUUCUACCCCGGCCCCGGCUUUCACCCCUGCACCUCUUCCCAAACCACCAGUGGCUGCCCCGUUGCCGAAGCAAGAUGUUAUGGGCGACUUUGCAAAAUGGUUCGUGAAAGGCGACAAUGGCUUGAUCCAUGAGUUCGAAAAGUUCAUGGUCGAGCAAAUUGUUUCAGAUGCCUUUGAAAAGUACCAUCGCGAAGAAGAGGAGAGGAUACGAAAGGAAGAGGAGGAGAAAGCGCUCGCGGAGGCUCGAGAGUUCCGUGUUCGCACCCUCUCAGUCAGAUACUUUUACCAGUGGAAGAAGAUUGCCCGAAAUCUUCGUCUGAGCAAAAUUCGUAGGCAUGAGCGAGAGGAGAUGAGGAGGAUACAGAAGGAAAUGCGAGAGGAGGAGAUGAAGAAAAGGAAGAAGGCCGCCCGUGUCGCUGAAGCGCGGAGGAAAUUGGUGGAGCAGCAUGGCGUUGAUCCAGUCGAGGAACUCAGAGAGAUCCUGCAACUUAAGAAAGACGACCCGCCAGAAGACCUCCAGGCCGAAGCAGAGGCCCUUUUCGCAACCGGUAUCUUCUCCGGCGUUACAGAUGAGCGUGCCGCAGUCGCCGAAGUCAUCCAGGCUCCUUCAAUCAACGACACAUUCAAGACACCACCGCCACCGGCCAGAACCACAUCGACAAACAGUCUCUCCAAGUCGGUCUCGGCCAGGCCGGCCGGCGCAAAGACACAGGCUAUUCGUGCGGAAUUCGGCAGCAGUGUAGACUUCCGCAGGUCUUUGCCUCCAAUGUCGGCUCAUUCAGCGUCGUCACGCUAUACACCGUCCGAAGCAUCACCGAAGCGCGUCAGCAAGGUGUCCGAUCGUUGGAGGCUGAAGGCUAUGGGCCUCGUGACGAUGCCCAAUGGGUCUGCUCUCCCGGAAGCAAUCGCUGACGAAAUGCGGUACAACGGCAAACGCUACAGUGGCCUGGGCUCCUUCGGUCUGGAUGGAGACACCACCGAGCGGAGGAGGAGCGUGUCGGCAGACCUCGACAAAGCGGCCGAGGCUCGUCGGCGCUUCUCGCAGUCUCUUAACAGCAGCAGCGCCGCCGCCGAGCAAAGCAACGGGAACUCCCAGCUUAGUAAGAGGAAGAGGCCCACUGAGAGCGCGGCUUCGCCAUCACAGGACGCCCGCGCCAAGAAGCGCCCGUCCAGCAACGCCGAAGUGGAGAGGAUCAUCCGGGAGGCGAGGGAGAACCUUGAAUCGCUGAGGAGUUCGAGGGUGGAUCUCGACGAAGGGACGGAAUGGUUCAGGGAACAGAACGACAUAAUGCAGGCGGAGGAACAGAGCAGGGCUAGCUCGCCGUGGCCUAAGGGGCGGAAUUGA